GACGUGAUGGAAGUCAACAUAGCGUCGCACUGUUUUUGCGGGCCUAAACGCGGGAGUCACCCUGGUCUCGGUGGUUUAUUCAAGUGUCAUCGUGGUGACGUCACGCCAGCGACCAACGCUUGUUAUAUCUGGCUGCUACAUUGAAUUGUUUUGAUUCUAUUGAGUUAGUCCUCGUCACUCUCAGCUGAGAGGAAACGGCGGUGUCUGUAAUUGAGGCCAGACUGUGCCCUAGGUUGAGCUGUAAAACAACGGAUGAACUUUGGGUCCGGCUUUAAAGACGGUGACGUCAUUCGAAAAUACUUUCUGACGAAUGCGAACACGCUUGUAUUUGGUUUUUAACGCCAGGUGAUGUUGUGAUAUAGGAACCAACGUGAGGAGUCAGAGUCAGCUACUUGUGUAACACUGGUGGAACAUUGAGUUUCUUUGUGUUGGCAACUACGUUUCCCACAAGCCCUCACCGCGCGAGGACUUCCGGGUGGAGUGGCUCCAUGACACAGUGGAUCAGGACAGGAAAACAGUCUUGUGUUCCGACACUUCCUUCUAGAAACGUCCACGACACUCUGACAUCGAAGUGGCCGACAGUGGCGAGAGUCUCCGGCCAGGAUGGAGGCAGUUCCCCGGAUGCCGAUGAUCUGGCUGGACUUGAAGGAGGCGGGAGAGUUCCACUUCAGUCCGUCCGUCCGGCAGUUCAUCUUGAAGAACUAUGGCGAGAACCCGGACAACUACAAUGAGCAGCUGAAGAAGCUGGAGACGCUGCGACAGAGUGCAGUCAACGUCACUCGGGACUUUGAAGGCUGCAGCACGUUGAGGAAGUACUUUGGGCAGCUGCAUUACCUGCAGAGUCGUGUUCCCAUGGGAACCAGCCAGGAGGCCUCUGUGCCCAUCACAUGGACAGAGAUCUUCUCUGGGAAGUCUGUAACUCACGACGACAUCAGCUAUGAACAAGCCUGCAUCCUGUACAACCUGGGGGCGCUGCACUCUAUGCUGGGAGCGAUGGACAACCGCGUUUCAGAGGAGGGCAUGAAGGUGUCGUGCACACACUUCCAGUGCUCGGCUGGAGCCUUCUCUUACCUGAGGGACCACUUCAGCCACAACUUCAGCGUUGACAUGAGCCACCAGAUUCUGAACCUCAACAUCAACCUCAUGCUGGGUCAGGCGCAGGAGUGCCUCCUGGAGAAGUCCAUGCUGGACAACAGGAAGAGCUUCCUGGUGGCGCGCAUCAGUGCUCAGGUAGUGGACUACUACAAAGACGCCUGUCGGGCCCUGGAGAACUCUGAGACGGCUUCCAUGCUUGGGAAGAUCCAGAAGGACUGGAAGAAACUAGUCCAGAUGAAGAUCUACUACUUUGCUGCCAUCGCACAUCUGCACAUGGGCAAACAGGCAGAGGAGCAGCAGAAGUACGGCGAGCGGCUGGCUUACCUGCAGAGCUCUCUGGACAAACUGACCGAAGCUGUCAAGCUGGCCAAGGGUCAGCCCGACAGUGUGCAGGAGGCCCUGAGGUUCACCAUGGACGUCGUCGGAGGAAAGUUCAACUCUGCCAAGAAGGACAAUGACUUCAUCUACCACGAGUCGGUUCCGUCGCUGGACAGCCUGGCGUCGGUCAAAGGUGCUCCUCUGGUCAAAGCCCUGCCUGUCAACCCCACUGACCCCAGUGUGACUGGGCCGGACCUGUUCUCCAAGCUGGUGCCCAUGGCUGCGCACGAAGCCUCCUCCUUGUACAGUGAGGAGAAAGCGAAGCUGCUGAGAGACGUCAUGUCCAAGAUCGACAGCAGGAACGACACGCUGGAGCAGUUCAUGGACUCUCUGGGUUUGGAGCCUGAGUCUGUGGAUAACUUGGACAUGUACAGUCACAUCCCGCCGGUGCUGAUGGAGAAGUGUGCUGCUCUGAGCGUGCGACCCGACACGGUGAAGAGCCUGAUCCAGUCCAUGCAGGUUCUGUCCGGCGUCUUCACCGACGUGGAAUCGUCUCUGAAGGAGAUCCGGGAUGUACUGGAAGCCGAUAUGGCCGGAGAGCAGGCCCUGCAGGAGGCUGGCGCUCCUGAAGAGGUUCACGCCUCGGCGCAGAGUUUGGCGCUGGCCGAGAUCCGUCGGGACUUGGAGAAGUACAUGGAGGCCCAUGAGAAGGCUAGUUUCACCAACACGGAGCUGCACCGAGCCAUGAACCUGCACAUAAGCAACCUGCGGCUGCUGGGAGGCCCUCUGGAGAGCCUGCAGGGGGCGCUGCCGCGACCCGAGCUCAGUGAAGAGGAAGUUGGCGGGCUGCAGAGCAUGAAGAGGAUCCUCGGGAAGGUUCAGGAGAUGAGGGACCAGAGGGCUUCUCUGGAGAAGCAGCUGCGUGACCUGAUCCAGCUGGACGACAUCACCUCCACCCUGGUGACCACGGAGCGAGCUGACAUGAAGCGAGUCUUCGAGGAGCAGCUGCACAAGUAUGAGCAGGUGAAGGUCUACAUCGACCAGAACCUGGCGGCUCAGGACAACAUCCUGAAAGCUCUGACGGAUGCCAACGUCCAGUAUGCCUCUGUGCGCAAACGCCUGACCCAGACUGAGCAGCAGUGGAACCUCAUGGUCCAGGGACUUGUGGGCUCCUAUGAAGCCUAUGAGGACCUGAUGAAGAAGUCUCAGGAGGGUAAAGAGUUCUAUGACGACCUGGAGGUCAAAGCUUCUCAUCUGCUGGAGAGAGCCAAGACUCUGUGUGAGACCCGGGCGGCGGAGAGGAAGCCAGUCUUGGAACGGGAGAACCAGAAGAAGGCUCCAGCCAGGCCAACAGCAGCCAAGCCCACCAUGAAGCCCAAGCCUUCGUCCGAUGCGGACUCCGCCUGCUCCAGUCUGGAGGAUCCAGAGCUGGCGCAGCUCAGUGCUGCCAUUCUGGCCCUGGGGGGCGACCUGCCAGAGGAGCUGCGCAGCCUUCCUCCAGACCUGCCCGCACGCCUGCCUGCUCCCGAGCCUUUCCUGCCUCCUAGUGCUCAUCUGGGUAGCAGCACUUCUUUGCCGUGGCCCCGGUUCCCAGCCAACCUUCCUCCCCCUGAGCUCCUGGCCCGGAUUGCUCAGUUUCCGCCUCCUGGAACGAUGCAGGGACCAUCUGGACCGUCCCCCCAGGUUCCACCUCACAUGGUUCCCGGUUAUCGAUUGCCUGCUUCUGCUCCAGCAGCCGUUAGACCAGCUACCACAAGUGUGGACACCAUCCAGGCCCCUGUCCCCAGCUUCGCCCCAACACCUCAACCGGUUCCCCCUGUGGUGUCCACCAGCUACGGUGUUCCCCCACAGGUGGGCCCCUAUCCCCAGUUUGUCCCUCAACCUGCGAUGCCUGUUCCUGGAGCAACCCAGGCUGUGUCCACUGGGACCCAGCUGCAGAGGCCGCUGCCACAGUACCCCGGUCCAGUUGGGGCCCAGGUGUCUCACCCUCCACCCCCGACUCAUCAGACCUACCCGCAGGUCUACAUCCCGCAGCACCCUGGUGGUCCUCCUCAGUUCCAACAGCAGUUCCCGGCACAUGUGCAGCCUUCGCUCCAAAACGGCUUCCAGGCUCGACUUCCCCACAGCUACCCGCCCCCCCCACAGGGCUAUGCCCCCCCGCAUAUGAUGCCCAGUUCCAUGCCGAGGCCAGCACAGACUGUUCACCCCCAGAUCCCCCCACAUGCUCAGCCGGUGCCGAGUGCUAGUCAGCCCUACCCCCAGAUGCCACCUGCAGUGCUGCACCAGCACAUGCUGCCACAUCAGCAUCAACAGAUGACAUUACCACCCAAUGCCCAGCAGGUGACGUCUCAUCCGCAGGUUCCAAUGCCACCGAGCAGACAGCCUGGCCCUCCCAUCUCGCAGACCCCGAGCAGCCGACCCGCUCUCUCUGCUGUGCACCAUCCCAUGCCUCCUGCCUCUCAGCCUCACAUGGUCCCUGCUCCUACCACCCACAUGCCCAGAGGUCCGAUGCCCCAAAUGCCACCAAACACUCUAGCCCCUCAGCACCAUCCCCACGCUGCCCCCUCACCAAUUUUGCCACAGAAGCCACUGCCGAUGCCGCUUCCUCAGGGCGGUGUGUGUUACCCAGGUGGGCUCCCCAUGAUGCCCCAGCAGCCGCAGACCUCGGUGCCCAUGGCGGUCCCCCACCAAGCCCCUCUGUAUCCACCGGCUCCAGGAGGAUCCCUGGUCCCACCUGCUCAGCAGCUGGUCCAGCCGUGUCCAGCUGGGCCGCCUGUUCCUGCAUCCCCUUCACCAUCCCCUGCACCCUCCCCAGGACCAGCUUCUCUGUGCCUCACCCCUCUACAGAGACCUCCCACCCCUGGUGGUCCAAUCCAGCCCACCCUUCCCUCGCCGUCCACCGUUCCCCCCUCUACUUCCCUCUUUCAGCGUCAGAACUCGAGCACGGACGACCUCCUCUCCUCAAGCCCGGAGUCCCAGGCAGGAGGCACUAAGACCCCCACCAAUGUGCUGCAGCCCACCAAAGCUGAUCCGCAGGAUGGGGAGAGGCGGAGGAAGAGCUCGCAGGGUGUUCUGGUGAUUGAGGGUGAUCCGUACCGAGCUCCCGAGCGUGUGGCCAGACUUCACGGGGAGCUGGAGCGUUUCAGGGCACGUGUGGAGUCGCUGGAGAGUCCGUCUGUGGAGGAGGGAGGUCUGUCCGUGCUGGACUCCUGCUGGAAAGAGCUGCAGGAGCAGCAGGAGAAGGAGGCGCGGCAGCUUUCCAUUGCCAUUGCGCGCUGCUACACCAUGAAGAACCGGCACCAGGAUGUGAUGCCGUAUGACAUCAACCGUGUGGUGCUGCAGUCGGGCAAGGAUGACUACAUCAACGCCAGUUAUGUGACAGACCUGUCGCCCUACUGCCCACAGAUCAUCGCCACCCAGGCACCACUCACAGGCACUGCUGCUGACUUCUGGCUGAUGGUUUACGAGCAGAAGGUCUCACUCGUGGUCAUGCUGGUGUCUGAGCAGGAGCUGGAGAAGGGCAAAGUCCUGCGCUACUUUCCUACUGAGCGCGGGCAACAGGUCUCGCAGGGUCUGAUCACACUCAGCCUGACCACACAGAAGACCACGCCCACUCACGUUGAACGCAUGAUCAGUCUGCAGUUCCGGGACCAGAGCUUGAAGCGCACCGUGGUCCACUUGCAGUUCACCUCGUGGCCCGAACUGGGACUUCCUGACAGCAAGAGCAACCUGCUGCACUUCAUCCAGGAGGUCCACGCUCACUACCUUCACCAGAGGCCGCUGCACACCCCGGUGGUGGUCCACUGCAGUUCUGGUGUGGGUCGCACUGGCGCCCUCUGUCUGCUGUAUGCUGCUCUGCAGGAGCUGGAGGCCGGGAACUGCAUCCCAGACCUCCCACACCUGGUGACGAAGAUGAGGAAGCAAAGGAAGAACAUGCUGCAGGAGAAGCUGCACCUUAAGUUUUGCUACGAGACCCUGCUGGAACAUGCAGAGCAGCUUCUCCAGCGACACGGCGUCACCACCGUCAGCAGGACCAACAGCACUGCUGUAGCCAAGUCUGUCUCCAGACAGGAGUCCCAGCAGGACCUGGUCCUUGGGGGUGACAUGCCCAUCAGCUCCAUACAAGCCACCAUUGCCAAACUCAGCAUUCGUCCCUCCAGUGCGUCCGACCUCGCGUCCGACACUGGUGCCCCCUGCAGCCUGGAGGACCCGGCCCUCGCUGCUCCACUGGACCUCACGUCCCUGUGUGACCUUGGCCCCUCUGCAGAAGCCCCCCCGCUGGCCUCACCUCCCCACUCUCCUCCUCCAAAUGGUCUUGAAGUGGCCACCUUCCAGCCCAACCUACAGCUGUCCACAGAAGGGGCACCUGACAGCUCCGUAGCUCCCUGCCCCAUGUCCCCUGUGCAGUCCUCGCUGGAGCUUCUUGCCUCGUUGACCCCAGAGGCUUUCUCCAUGGAGGGCGGGGGGAAGGGGAAGCAGCGGGUCACAAAGCAGAGUUUCCUGCAGCCGACCGAGGGUCAGGGUCUCCACAGCACGCGGGGUGAGACAACUGAUGACCCUCUGAGCAGCCUGGAUCCCCUGUGGAGCCUUGGCAAACACUAAGUGAUUCUUCACCACAGGGGGGGCAGCACAGUAGUACCUGAUCAUCUCCUGCUGCACUCUGGGAGUUUGAGUUGCCAUGAGGUGGCUGGCAGUGGAGCUGUACUCUUCACUCCCAGCAUGCAGUGCUCUCACUGCUGCUCCCAGUUUGUAGACCAUCAGGAGGGAACGGUUUGCUCCCUAACUUUGUAAAUAAUUAAAGCGGACAAUGACAAAGAAUCUUUAUUGAAAAUUCGUACAAAGUCUUGUUACAAAACAUUUCAGGAAUUCCACACGUUAGAGGCAGAGCUAGCCAGGGGACAGUGGUGAUGGGGGACGGGGGGGAGGACAUGGAAUGUCAACGGUUUGUUAAGAGCAAUUGAGCUUGGGCGCUACAUUCGUCGCUUACAUUCGUGUUCCAGGUCCGAACGGGUCGACGAGCAAUAGUGUAAACAGUGAGGUGGGUUCUGUGCCGAUGGCACAGACGCCGCCAGUCUCAACAGUAACAUGACUUAAUAAAUAACACACUUUGACGCAGACUUGCCCGUCGACAUGGCAGGUGACGUACAGGAAGAAGCUCCUGGGCCACAGUGAAAUCUCAAACUCGCCUGCAGGACUAAGCCCCACGGCUCACGCUUCAGAGACCAAACAGACUAAUAAAUAACCGCUUUUGUACAAAUAAGAAUUGUUUACAUUUCCACCAGUGACUCACUCACGCAGCAGCAGCAGGGAUGAGGGCAGGAGACGAUGGACAGUGUCUUGGAUCCUGGUCCUGGUGAGUCACAUGGUCCCAGCUAUGAGGCAGGAGCACCAGUUGGUUCUGUCCAGCUCCACAAGGCAGAAGGCUCGUCCUUCUAGGAAGCGAGUCUCAGUCCAGCUUCUCCAACACGGAGGGCACAUGGACCAGGCUCAGCUCGCUCCCGAAGUCGCAGACGAUGGCGGCGUUGUCCAGGACCAGCAGCUGCCGGACACCCUGACCGCUGCUGCUGG